AUGGCAUCAGAAGCGGGACUAAAGUCCAAGGCUCGACAAGAAAUUAGCUCCCCCGUAGCACAAUUGAAACCACUGUUCACUAUACCGGCAAUCUUUAAUCGUCCUUCAAGAUGUGAAAGCCGCUCAAACUCGAAAAAGCGAGCUCGAGCUUUGAGGAAAAGGCAAAUAAGCAUAUGCUGCUUUUCACCCUUUGAAUCUAUCCUUGCCGUUUCAAUGAAAGAUGAAUGUUCGGUAGCAAUUUGGUCAUACAAAGAGCAGAGCUCAGAACACCUCUUUUCGUAUCCUUCAAGUACACAACAGUCGCUCUUUUCUGCUAGCGGUCCAUCUAAUCAUACCGAUACCGAAUCUGCUCAGGCUCACCUUCUAUGUGUCAUUCGUCAUUCUCGACCGGUGCAAGAUCUCGUGUGGCUCGAAAAGCAUGCUUCUGCAAAUCAAGGGCAAACACGUAUUUUGCUUACUCGUACGAGCGAUGGUAUCUCCAGAGUAUGGACGACCACGAUUGAUGAUAUGCACUCCAUGCAUUUGACUGCAAUCAUAUCUGAAGAGGACAGAGUGCAGAUUGAAAAGGAUCAGCACCAGCAACGAGUCUCUCAAGCAAAUAUCAAUCACAGGGUAUUCGGUAAAGGUGUAGAACACUGGGAUGACAUUCAAGAAAGGAUGGACGCAGACGAAAAAGUGAGGGGUGAAUCGACAACUUUACAUGACCCAUCACAGCACUCUUGGCAUGUGCUAAGAUCUGAAGGAGGGGAAGAAGGCAUACCAAUCUUGGCAUUGUUUCAUGACAAGCACCUGAACAUAUUCUCUCCACAGCGGUUGACCUUCUGGCAACGUUCUUUACUGGCUUGCAAUAUGACUCAAAUGUCUCAUCCUUUGCCUCAACCUCCAGCGCCUUUUCACAAGGUCAAUCUAGAUCGGAUGGGCAUUAUCGCAGCCACAGAAUUUGUGGACAAGUCAAAGAAAACUGACAUCGAUGGUAAACCAAAAAUGCUUGAGAGCAUCCAUUGGAUCUCUGAUGACCAUCUGCUUGCAAGCAUACAGAAAGGGCAGAGAGCGCUUAUUCUAGAAGGUCAGACAGGUACAAGGAAGCGUGGCAAGGAGAUUUCACUUGGGUACUAUGAGGAUGAAGGAAGGGAAGAGCACGUUCAAGAAACUGAAGCAGAUCGUAGUCGAGCUCAAUCUAUAUCUCAGAUAGCUCGGUCUCGAGCGAUGGCAUUGCCUUACAAUCAUCUCGAAUAUUUAAUUCGUCUUGUCUACUGGGGUCAACUUUCUAUUGCGUUGCAACUCGUGUACAAGACUUGUCGCACGUUGCAGGAAAGGGAGAAUCAAGGUCCAAAUACUGAAGACCAUGCUGAGAAAAAGGAAAUAAGCCUGGACGGCCGUACACUACGGAUCAAUAUCUCACCUGCAGAGCGACAGAUGGAGGUCCAGCGCCUCAUCUCCGAUGAUGAAGAACAGGUAAAGUUGAAAUUGAGGGCAACAGAUGGGGAAGAAGGCUUACGGAUAUUGGCAUCCAAAGUGGUCGUAGAGGGUUGGCAGGAUGAGGAAACAAACGAUCAUAAAGCAUCACUUGCUAGACAAGCUUCCGAUAUCGUUGCAAACACAAUACUCGAUCUUCAUCAGUUCUCUGGCCAACUUGAUGACUCUGCUGUACGGUACGCGCUGAAUGCUCUCAGCUCUAUUAUUUACCAAGAUCAAGAUGGUAAAAGUUUCUCAUCAAACUUUAACUUCAUUCCGACAUCCGCAAGCCAAGCAAAAACAUCAUCACUGGCAGAGCCACCCUACACGGACUCAUAUUUGGUAAAGAUGAGCUUACAUGCUUGGUUCAGCUCUACGCAGGAAGCUCUUCUGCAGUAUAUUGAAACUGCAUACUUGGCCCGCUUGUCUGAACGUUCAGCAAAGGCGGAAGGUGGACGAGCUGAUGCAACAGUGAAACUGGAUUGGCCCGUCGCACGUCGGAUUGGUAUCUUUCUAUGGCUUCGAUCCAAUGAUCAAUUACGUACGGUUGCAGAGAAUAUUGCACGGGUUCAAUAUACCGCAGGUGAUCACAAUGACCCAACUGCAUGUGCCUUGUUCUACUACGCACUCGGAAAGACGAAACUGUUGGCGAACCUAUGGAGACAAGCUGUUUGGCAUCCGGAAUACAGCAAGAUGAUGCAAUUCCUCAAGAAUGACUUUAGCGAACCAAGAUGGCGAACGGCUGCCAAGAAAAAUGCUUUUGCACUUCUCAGUCAACGUAGAUUUCAAAUGGCAGCUGCUUUCUUUUUGUUAGGUGACAGUCUUCAAGAUGCGGUCAAUGUUUGCGUUCGUAAUUUGCAUGAUGUUUCUUUGGCCGUUGCUCUUUGUCGUAUAUGGCAUGUAGACAAAGUAGGUCAAGAAGUGUUGAGAGAAUUGAUCUUGCAAGUCAUCUUACCGGCUGUUUGUAGCUCUAACGAUCGCUACACUUUGCUAUGGGUCACUGAAGUAAUGGGAAAGAGAGAUUUGUCAAUUACGGUCAUUCGAUCGAAUGAUUUGAGUUCCACUUCAAAAGAAGUAGCAAAGGCUUUCGGUAUCGGGAACGCCAAGGGAUCAGAUGUUGCGAUAAAGGAGAAUCAAAGAGGUACAGAUGAUCUAUUCUUUUUCAAAUCGAUCGUUCCUUCGGAGCCUGAGGAAGAAAGGCAGCUGGUAGAUAUGGCCACAGAGACCCUCAAGCAAGACGGAAUGCCGAAUUUUGCGAAAUGUCUGCUUCAGGAUUGGCAAUUCAAUGACGGCGAGAGCAACUUUCCAACAUACAGCCUUUUCGAUUCGGGUGCUACCUUUGUACCCCCACAACAAGCUCAAACGAGUGAAGUCAAAGAAGAAGUCCCGACACCCUCUUCGGCACAGCCUAUGAAAUCGAUAAUGGAGAAGAAAAAGCCCGCUGCAUCUGCUGGAGAUCUUGAGUUCAAUCUAGACCAGUGGGGCAUGUAG